AUGUCAAGCAGAAUCCGUAAAGCGUUCACCCACAGGCGUAAGCGCAAGGAGCAUAUGGUCAGCGUACCCAAGAGCGUUCUUGAUUUCGCCUCGCGUGACACUAAAAAGACGAUCGCCCGUACACAGGCACUUUUGGCCUCUGUCGAGAACUCUAUCACCCUGGGAAACCUUGGUGGCAUUGACAUUGCUGAGAUGAAAGUUCUCAAACUUGAACUCCGUCGUAGUUCACUUUGGCUAAAAAGGCUCAAGCAGACAGCCACUAAGCCUGAAGAUCUCGGUCUUGAGUCCUUCGUCAAGAAGACAAUCGAAGAGGAAGCCUCCCUCAAAGCUCCAAUCCUUACCAAAAACAUACAGCCUCGCAUGGGCAAUGCUUCUGAAAACUCGCACGAGCUCCUCACAGAAAAGGUCAAUGUGGCUUCGCUCGUGUCCGACAACGAGAUCAUGACGUUCUUGGAGCAGAAGAUCAAGGAGCGGAUCAAUGAUGCAGCUAUGGAUAUUGCCAAGGAGAUUCACAAAGAACGUGAAGCAGAAAUUGAAGAGCAGUUGGAGAAAGUCGACGAAGCAGCUACCGCAGAAAGCGACGACAAGGCAAGCGAGUCAAGCGAGUCAAGCGAGUCGAGCGACGAAGAAGUGAUUGGAGGCUAA